AUGGCCCUGGCUGUCAUGUCAAUGAAUCGAGAUCCUGCACGGUGGACGAGCGUGGAGCUGGCGGAACACGAUGUUGAGAAGGAGAUUUCUGAAAGUGACAACCAUACCCUCGGAAUGACGGUCCUCCCCCUGUCUCGCACUGCCAGUGAGAAGGUUUCAGCCGUCAGACAACAAGUCGAAUCGGGUUACACGGGAACUCCUACAUCCAUCAACCAAAUCACCCAUCGGCACAAGUGGGUCAUGCCUCUCUGGGCUCUUUUUGCAUCGAGACCACCAUCAUCCAGGUCGGAUACGCCAAAAUGGGGUCCAAUUGAUGACAUUUCUCUGAGCCACUCUUUAUCUAAAACACGGUGGCUGGCGAAUGCCUCCUUUCCACCUAAGAAGCAAGUCGGCCAAGGGCCAAUGGGCCAGCAGGAGGCUUCGUCAUAG